UAUUCUCUCUUUCUCUUCUUCCUUUCAAAGAGCGUUUCAAAAAAGUCCAAACAAAUUCUCUCUCUUCCAAUGGCCUUCAACAAUGGCGUCCCUGCCACCGGCACCGGCCUCAUCGCCAGCUUCGGCGAGAUGCUCAUCGACUUCGUUCCCACCGUCUCCGGCGUCUCCCUGGCGGAGGCUCCUGGCUUCCUAAAGGCACCCGGCGGCGCCCCCGCUAACGUCGCCAUCGCAGUCGCGAGACUCGGCGGCAAGGCCGCCUUCGUUGGAAAACUCGGUGACGACGAGUUCGGCCACAUGCUCGCCGGAAUCCUGAAAGAGAACGGAGUCCGCGCCGAGGGGAUCACCUUCGACCAGGGCGCCCGCACAGCUCUGGCGUUUGUGACCCUACGCGCCGACGGAGAGCGUGAGUUCAUGUUCUACCGAAACCCCAGCGCCGACAUGCUCCUUCAACCCGAAGAACUCAACCUCGAACUCAUCAGAUCUGCAAAAGUUUUCCAUUACGGAUCAAUUAGUUUGAUCGUGGAGCCAUGCAGAUCAGCACACUUGAAGGCAAUGGAAGUUGCCAAAGAAGCUGGGUGCUUGCUCUCCUAUGACCCCAACCUCCGUCUCCCCUUGUGGCCCUCGGCCGAUGAAGCUCGUAAGCAGAUACUCAGCAUAUGGGAGAAGGCUGAUCUGAUCAAGAUCAGUGAUGUGGAGCUCGAGUUCCUCACAGGAAGUGACAAGAUUGAUGAUGCUUCUGCUUUGUCAUUGUGGCACCCCAAUUUGAAGUUGCUCCUUGUCACUUUAGGAGAACACGGUUCCAGAUACUACACCAAGAAUUUCAAAGGAUCAGUAGAUGCUUUUCAUGUCAAAACUAUUGAUACAACUGGUGCCGGCGAUUCCUUUGUUGGUGCUCUGUUGUCCAAGAUUGUCGAUGAUCAGUCCAUCCUUGAAGAUGAAUCAAGGUUAAGAGACGUACUCAAGUUUGCUAAUGCAUGUGGAGCAAUUACAACUACCCAAAAGGGAGCAAUUCCCGCCCUUCCCAAAGAGGAGGAUGCACUGAAACUGAUCAAAGGGGCAUAGAAUCUUUGGACAACAAUACUCAAACAUUUCGUUUUCUUCCCCGAUGUUUCAAUUUUCCUCACGUUUCUGUCGGAUAUGCUUGCUAUCAAUUUACGAGGGGAUGCCUCUUAAUUUUCUUUUUAGUAUUUUUUUUUCCUAUGCACUCUGGUGGCGAGAUCAUCGGUUUUCUGGUUUUGCCAAAUAACGUUUUCUAUGAAGUUUUGAGAGUUAGCAAUUGAAUGAGAAUUAGCACA